GGGAGCGCCAAUUUCCAAUUUCCAAAUCCCAAAACCUCGAGGCUCCAGCGCCCCCAGCAUUCCAAACCUCAGAUCCCCCGCACACCACACCACGCAAAUCGCCCCGUCCCGAAACCCAAAUCAGAGCGCCCUCCCGCGCCACUCGCUGGAGCCGAACGCGCGCUAGAUGCCUGAGCCCGACCUACACUGCCUCGGCGGCCGCGGCCUCGGCUUGCACCACCACCAGCGCCAGCAACUCAAGGGCUGGCCGGACCUGUGGCUCGUGGGGGACAAGCCUAGCCCCCGCGCGCGCUCGGCCGCGAUGGCGCCCGCUUCGCCGCCGCCGCCGCCCAACCAAACCCUAGCGCUCUCGGACGGGCUCCUCCUCCGCGCCCUCGCCUGCCUCCCGGAGCCCCACCUCACGGGCGCCGCGUCGCUGGUCUGCAGGCGGUGGAUGCGCCUCGCGGGGCGCCUGCGCCGCCGGCUCGCCGUGCGGGACUGGGCGUUCGUCACGCAUCGCCUCCCGUACCGCUUCCCCGACCUCGCGGACCUCGAACUGUUCCCGGCCUCAAUCGCCGCCCCGACCGCGCUGCCCCACACCUCCCCUCUCCUCACCUGCGGCGAGGUGUCGCUAACCCUAGACCCCAGCGCGGACCCGCCACUCGGCGCCUGCCGGUUCCUUGACGACGACGUGCUCGACCGGGGACUCACGGCCGUCGCCGCCAGCUUCCCCAACCUCCGUCGCCUCUCGGCCACCGCCGCCGCCGAGUCCGGCGGGCUGAUGGCUAUCGCCUGUGGCUGCCCGACGUUGCAAGAGCUAGAGCUCCACCGGUGCACCGACCUCGCCCUCCGCCCGGUCUCCGCCUUCGCUCACCUCCAGAUCCUCCGCAUUGUUGCCGCGUCCCCCGCGCUCUACGGCACCGGCGAGGACGGCGGUGUCACCGACAUCGGCCUCACCAUCCUCGCGCAUGGCUGCAAGCGGUUGGUGAAGCUGGAGCUUCUUGGUUGCGAGGGGAGCUACGAUGGCAUCGCGGCUGUGGGGCGCUGCUGUGCCAUGCUUGAGGAGCUCACCAUCGCUGACCACAGGAUGGACGGUGGGUGGCUUGCGGCGCUCGCUUUCUGUGGGAACCUCAAGACCCUGCGGCUGCAGGGGUGCAGCAGGAUUGACGAUGAUCCUGGCCCGGCAGAACAUCUUGGUGCUUGCCUCACGCUCGAGAGCCUUCAGCUGAAGCGGUGCCAGCUGCGUGACCAUCGCGGCCUCCGCGCCCUCUUUUUGGUCUGUGAGGGUGCCCGUGAGAUACAGGUCCAGAAUUGCUGGGGCCUAGAAGAUGACAUGUUUGCCUUGGCUGGCCUAUGCAGGAGAGUAAAAUUCCUGUCCUUAGAAGGGUGCUCACUAUUAACAACUCGAUGUCUAGAAUCAGUGAUCACCUUAUGGAGUGAUCUGCAGAGCCUAGAAGUAGUCUCCUGCAGCAAAAUAAAGGAUGAGGAAAUCAGCCCUGCCCUUUCAGAACUUUUCUCCAAUCUCAAAGAGCUGAAGUGGAGGCCUGACAACAAGUCACUCCUUGCUGCGAGCCUUGUAGGAACCAGAAUGGGAAAGAAGGGCAGGGUAUUUUUCAAAAGGAAGAUCUUACCGGCACACCAACGGAUCAAAGGGAAGAUGCUGAACCAUUCAACAGGUGCUGCUGCUUAGUUGGAUCACCAGUCCAGAAUUUCGCAUGGUCCUGUGAAGUUCUUCGUAAUCAGAAGCUGGUUCAAAUUCUUUGACUUCAGAUUAAAGCCAAACUCAAAUUCUUGCUACACAAACGGUGGUGCAAGUUUUUCAACUUUAGACUAUGGACUGUACGAUUCUUCGUAUCAGAAGCUGGUGCUUUGAAACAUAGUUGAGGUAGUUGAGGUCCUAGCCAUCCGAUUUUGUGUUUGUACCUGACUUGUAACAAGCUGAUACUCCCCCUGACCACAGUAACCAGAGUAUUUAUGUAUGACGAGAAG